AGGAAACAAGAACUGACGCGGGAGCCAUGGAGGAUUGAUUAUUGGUGAUGGAGCUCGCGAUAAGCUGCCAGAACUUUAAUGCCACAGCAUUCUCCAGAAAGGUAGCCCUACUAGCUAGGCCAUCCGCCAUAUGCCCCCAUAUUACCUGCGCACAAACCAGCCCCAGAAAUGGCACGCACUUCAACUCAAUUUGGCCAUGGACGACGACGGCAGCAACCCAUCUCCUCCCUACGAUCUCAUAAUCCUAGGAGCAUCCGGAUUCACUGGCAAAUACGUCGUAAGAGAAGCACUCAAGUUCCUCAACACCCCAUCUUCACCUCUCAAAUCCUUCGCCGUUGCGGGCCGAAACCAUUCCAAGUUGUUGGACGCCCUCAAAUGGGCCGCAAAGCCCAACUCUCCACCUCCGUCCAUCGCAAUCCUCGCCGCCGACACCGCCGACCCUGUUUCACUACGCAUGCUCUGCUCUCGGACCAGGCUCGUUCUCAACUGCGUCGGCCCAUUUCGUCUCCACGGAGGCCCUGUCGUGGCGGCCUGCGUCCAGGCCGGCUGCGAUUACUUGGACAUCUGCGGCGAGCCGGAGUUUAUGGAGAGGAUGGAGUUCGUUUACCACGACCAAGCGGUUGAGACCGGUUCGUUGGUUGUUUCGGCUUGUGGGUUCGAUUCGGUCCCGGCUGAGCUGGGUUGGAUGUUUAACUCGAAGCAGUGGGUCUACCCGGCUGUGCCGAACCGGAUCGAGGCUUACUUGAGCCUGGAAUCUGAUAAGAACAUUGUUGCCAACUUCGGGACUUACCAAUCGGCGGUUCUGGGUGUUGCCAACGUGGACAAAUUGAUAGAGCUGAGGAGAUCCAGACCCAGAAGGUCUAAGCCAAAGAUUCCUGGGCCAUAUCCUCAUAAAGGACCACUCAUAGAUUACCAAAAGGAAUUUGAUCUUUGGGUCAUAAAGCUUCCAUCAGCGGAUACUGCAGUUGUAAGUAGAACGCUUGAAAUGUUAACAAAACACCCUAAUGGUUUUCCGGGAUGUGAUGAGAGUGAUGAUCAGAUUGAGAAGAGGAAGAAAUUUUGGUCGAUGGUGAAUCCUGCUCAUUUCGGGUUGAAGAUGGGCUCUGAGUGCUUGAUAGGUGUCUUUCAAUUCAUUGUUCUAGGCUUGUUCGUUGGGCUCUUGGCUAGAAGUUCUGUUGGAAGGUGGCUACUCCUAAACUUCCCAUCCUUUUUCAGCCUUGGAUGGUUCAGCAAGAAGGGUCCUUCCGAGGAUGAGGUCGCGAGCGCUUCGUUCAAGAUGUGGUUCGUUGGACGUGGAUACAGUGACUUGAGGACGUCAAUAAAUGUUGGAGACAAGGAGGUCGAUGCGGAGAUCAUAACAAGAAUUAUGGGUCCCGAUGCGGGCUAUUUGACGACUCCUAUUAUUUUGCUACAAUGUGCUCUGAUCGUUCUAGGUCAACGUGACAGACUGCCUAAAGGAGGAGUUCUCACUCCUGGGAUCGUGUUUGGCCCGAUGGAUCUCCAAGAACGACUCCAACAAAAUGGAAUUUCUUUUGAUGUCAUUUCAAGGAGAAUUGGCUCUACUAAAUGAUGGGUGUUCUAAUUGAACAUUUGGUCGUGUGAGAAAUCGAUUUAUCUCCAAGUUUAGUCUUUUCCAUUUUAAGUAAUAUGAAUAGGUUGACAACAAUGUAAUGUGUUGUAGUUUGUUUUAGAUUUGUAUUUCAUGAAUUAUUCCAUCUCGAACAAUCAUGAGAGUCGAGAUGGAGUCCGCCUCCAUUUGUCGUUAAUGGUGUUAACAAGACUUCUGAUUCUGUUAAAAAAAUGAACAAAGAUGGAUAUAGUGG